ACCUCCCUCGGGGGUCCUGAUGGAACCUCCUCCAACACUUCAUCAUCUAUCACAGACCCCAACCAGCAGCAUUCAGCUGGACACGUCCUCUUAAGAGACAUGAAACACAUCUUAAGGGGGGAUUGAGCACUUUUUUAUUUAUUUUUUUGGUCCCCAGAUAGUCGUCUUCAGAAAACGUGACAUGUGUGUAUUGGGACAUGCUUGAUGACACACUGUGUGUGUGUGUGUAUAUGUGUGUGUUUGUUAGUACACACAGAGACACUCUUGUUGUGUCCAGAUGAGAGAGUGGACAGACUUGGACAUGAACUUCACAGCGGGAGGUUUUCUCUCCUCCUCGGACUCUUACUGCUCCACGGAGCCCAUCCAGUUCUACGAUAUGUUGGCCGACCCCCUGGAUUGCCCCCUCCCGGAGCCCGACCUCCAGCUGUUCUCUUACUGCCCUCAACCGUACAACACCGCCAAUCUCUCCUUCCCCCUAUACGACUCCCCAUCUUCCUCCACAUCCUCGUCGUCCUCGCAGCCCGGCCACGCUCCAUACCAUUUUGAUUUACUGGAGGGACCCUGUGAACCCGUCCCACAUGAGUCCCACUGCGGAGGCCUGCCGCAAGGCUUCGGACUAUCCGGUCUGCCUGUGGUGAGGAGGUCACGAGUGGGGUCUGGCAGCAGGAUCCGAGGUCAGGAUGAGCUGUGCGUGGUGUGUGGGGAUAAAGCGUCAGGGUAUCACUACAACGCCCUCACCUGUGAGGGAUGCAAAGGUUUCUUCAGGCGUAGCGUGACGAAGAAAGCCGUGUAUCACUGUAAGAGCGGUGGCGGCUGUGAGAUGGACAUGUACAUGCGCAGGAAAUGUCAAGACUGUCGCCUCAGGAAGUGUCACGCUGUUGGAAUGCUGGCUGAAUGCCUUCUGACGGAGGUCCAGUGUCAGUCCAAACGACUGAGGAAAGGAGGAAGAGGAAGAAGACAUGUGGGCGAGGACAGUGCAAACAGUCGUCAUGUCAGCUCCACCAGCAGAGUACACAGUGGACAGGUAGCUGGGGCCACGUUAAGCCGAGAACAGAAGCACAUCGUGGACAAGAUGGUGGAGGCCCAUCGAGAGUGUCCAGUUGUGGAUGGCAACCACUGCAGAGUGAUGCAGCUCUUUGACUGGCUGUGUCCAGAGGAAGGGGAGGGGCUUCCUGAGGUUGCAUCACAACUUCUGCAGUUUGCCAAGGCAGUGCCAGGUUUUGACCUGUUGGAUGUGUCAGACCAACGCGCCCUCUUGUCAGCAUCUUCACUGGACCUCAUGUUCCUGCUCUCAGCACAGAACUUCUGCAGCAAGCAGCCGACCAAGAACAGUCCAGCAUUGCAGCCUUUUAGCAAAACAGCAACACAUAAUUGGAUGAGACACGCCUGCUCAAAGGACAUCUCGUCAGGAAUCAGCAAGGAUCUCCUGAACCCUGUGCUUAACUUCUGCCACAGCAUGGUGGCGCUGCAGGUGAGCGAGGCCGAAUACGCCCUGCUGGGUGCCACCGCUCUGCUUUGCUCAGACCGUGCAUCCUUGCUAGCGGCCAGCUACGUGGACCAAAUGCAAGAACUGGUCCUGGAUCUGCUGUCAUGUGUAUGUGGGAUCCGUGCUGCAGCCGGAGCGGUGGGAGGAGGCGGGGGCCCGCAGAGGUUUGGUCGCCUCCUGGGCCGUCUAACGGAGCUUCGGACCCUGUGUCACGACUACCUUCUUCUAAGUCGAUCGAAUGGUAGAACCUGAUAGAGCAGCACCACCGUGUGGCCAUUGAUGUGCACUACACCGCACGCAAUGUCAAUAACUGCACACGUUAUGUUACUUUUAGGGACUGAAAGCAGUAUAAAUCAUUUUACAAAUUUAUUACAAAUCACCCCAAAAAGGUGUUGCUACCACAACAUGGCAGUAAUAUACAAUUUAAUAAUACAUCAGCAAAUAUACUAGUAAACAGUAGUAAUACAAGCCUCCUUACUUCAUAAUUAUUUUUUUCCAGGUGAGAACUCAUUAAGACUCAUUAUUUGACCUCUAAGCAUUGCAAUACCGCUUACAACCACCAGAGGUCGUAGUUGAAUCAGAACCUAGCAUUGCACAUUCAUAAUAAUACAAAAGAAAUAACACUUUCAUUCAUAAAAAUGUGGAAAAAAGCCAAUGUUCCAUAUUCCAAAAUGUUUUAAUAGAGCAUUUAUUUCCCCCACGAGGAAAUAAUUGAUUCCAACAAAAGUAUUUGGUGAGUUUAAAAUAUGCAAGUGGCACAUAAGCUUAUAAAAAGGUGUAUGUUUAUGAUAGCUUUUAAUAAAUAGCUGGUCAGGGUGGAGCAAUGGGUUGGG